UCCAAACGCACAGUGAAAAAAAAUGAUAAAAGGAUGAUCAGUUCGAUGAGCUCGGCACUCUGGGUGGAUGUUUUAAGCUUUAAAAUGCAGACCAAAGAAUGUUUCAAGCCGAUUCUUGUAUUUCUUUCAAUUUUUCUGAUUCUGGUGAACGAACAGAGAUGUUCAGCAAACGAAAUUGAGCUCCCGAAACAGUUUGUUGCCAGCAGUUCCCACACCAACAACUGGGCGGUUCUGGUGGACACGUCCCGGUUCUGGUUCAACUAUCGGCACAUUGCCAACGUGCUGUCGGUGUACCGUUCAGUCAAGCGGCUGGGAAUUCCGGACAGCCAGAUCCUGUUGAUGAUUGCUGAUGACAUGGCGUGUAAUCCGCGGAAUCCCCGCCCCGCAACGGUAUUCAACAACGCCAAUCAGCACAUCAACGUUUACGGGGCGGAUGUCGAGGUGGACUACCGGGGCUACGAGGUGACGGUGGAGAACUUUGUCCGGCUGCUCACCGGACGGAACGAAAACGGAACAGCCCGAUCGAAGCGGCUGCUUUCGGAUGCUGGAAGUAACGUGCUGAUAUACCUGACCGGUCACGGAGGGGACGGAUUCCUGAAAUUCCAGGAUUCGGAGGAAAUCACCAAUCAGGAGCUGGCAGAUGCUAUCGAACAGAUGUGGCAAAAACAGCGCUACAAUGAGCUGUUCUUCAUGAUCGACACUUGCCAGGCGGCUUCCAUGUAUGAGAAGUUCUAUUCGCCGAACAUUUUGGCCGUGGCGAGCAGCUUGGUCGGAGAGGAUUCCCUCUCGCAUCACGUGGAUCCUGCCAUUGGGGUUUACAUCAUCGACCGGUACACCUACUACGCGCUGGAGUUCCUGGAGAAGGUGGAAGUCAACAGCAAGAAAACGAUGGGGGAAUUUCUUUCAGUGUGCCCCAAGCGAGUGUGCAUAUCGACGGUAGGAGUUCGCAAGGAUCUGUACCCCAAGGACCCAUACAAAGUUCCCAUUACCGAUUUCUUCGGAUCCAUUAGACCAACGGAAAUCACUUCAGGUGUAGUGAAUGUGACACUUUCAACCGUUCCGGAAGAACACUUUGAAUUGAAACCAAUCAGCAAACCAAAUCCAGCACUGUUUUACGAACAAUUUCCUUCCAAGCUGUUUGCGUAGAAAAGCCGCCACUAGUCGCAGUAUUUUAAUGGUAAGGCUUUAGACUGACUAGGCGAAUAUAAAUGGAACACAAUAAUAGACCUUGAA